GCCCCCAGCACUCACCCUGCCCCCACGAGCUGAGCCCCACAUGCUGCCAUGUGUGCUGGGACUGCUCUCUCUCGGCGCCGUGCACGGUGCGCCGAAGCCGUAUGUGGGGAUCUACAACGCCUCCUGCUGGGGGCCAGGAUUUUCACAAGAGAUGUGUUGCAACCAAGCGUUUUCAGAACGUGGCAUGGCCGCUUGUUGGGUGGACGGCUACUCCUUCGAGUACUGCUGUCCGCCCCCCUUAGGGGUCUUUCGAAGCUCGGGCGCUUAUGUGGGCCAUCAGCCGCACAUCUACGACAAGGGCUUCGGCCCGGCGUUAGUGAAGUUCUUCCAGUCGCGCCGCGCGACGACGGUCCUGGAUUUGGGCGCGGGCGCCGGCUGGUACGUGCAGACGCUGCGGAAGAGCGGGAUUCGGGCGGGCUGUGCCGAUGGGAAUCCCUCCGUGCGGAUGGUCUCCGAAAAGCGCUGCUGGCAUGCGGACCUGAGUGAGGACUGGGACCUGGGGCAGCGCUGGAGCUGGGUGAUGUCCAUUGAAGUGGCCGAGCAUGUGCCGAAAGCCUUUGAGAAGACCUACGUGGACAACCUGGACCGGCACAGCUGUGAAGGCUUGGUGAUCUCGUGGGCUCCGCCCUUUCAGGCCGCCGAAGGAGCGCGGAAGGCGGCGCCACAGGAGCGAAGGAGCCACUGCCGGUGUUCGAAGCGGUGGUUUCGAACGAAACAGCGGCUGAGACAAGGAGUGAGCAACCUACCUGGAGGCCGGCGGAGGCCAUGUGAACUGGAAGACGCAGGCGGAAGUGGAAGCAUUGCUGAAGCCGCGAGGCUUCUGGCACAAUCAAAGCGCGACGACCUGGCUACGAGGGCAUUGUCACCACUGGUGGAUCCAACGGAAUGUCAUGGUCUUCGAACGGCGCACCGCCGAGCUCCACGAGUGCCGGUAAAAAAGAGACGCCGCCCGUGUAUCGGCGGGCCUUGUCCGACGGGGAAGGCGGCGCCGUGACGUGUGGGCGCCUCCGGGUGACACCGCGCGGUGUGGGGGCGGGUUUUGGGGGUUCCCACUCUGGG